AAAAAUCCAAAUCCUACAAACACUUCUCCACUCUCUGAGUCUUGAGCCAGAGAAGGCCAGAAACGAAAAACCAAGCAACCAACAAUGGCGAGCAUAAGCCUUCGCAAGGGAAACACGCGGCUACCACCGGAGGUGAACCGCGUACUCUACGUUCGGAACCUGCCGUUCAACAUAUCGAGCGAAGAGAUGUACGACAUAUUCGGCAAGUACGGCGCCAUUCGGCAGAUCCGAGUCGGCACGAGCAAGGACACUCGCGGCACCGCCUUCGUCGUCUACGAGGACAUCUACGACGCCAAGACCGCCGUCGAUCACCUCUCCGGCUUCAACGUCGCCAACCGCUACCUCAUCGUGCUGUACUACCAGCAAGCCAAGAUGAGCAAGAAGUUCGAUCACAAGAAGAAGGAGGACGAGAUUACCAAGCUUCAGGAAAAGUAUGGUGUCUCCACCAAAGAUAAGUAGUACUUUGUACCCUUAUACGCUGUCUUAUUUUCUGGAAAAAUUGAAAUCUAGGGUUUUUGUUUCUUGUAUGUGGACACUGAAUUGAAAUUUUAGGGUUUUUGUUUAUUGUA